AGAGUGGGGAAAUGACCGACCCCGUGGACAUCUCUAAUGGUGUACAUGGAUUGAAUUUCAACAUUUUUUUUAUCAAUCAAAAAAUUUGGGACGUUUCAACUUGCUUUUCAAUAGGCAAGGGGUGUUCGGCGGCUUCGUCCCUCAUCGAACUCCGGCGGCGGUUGCGCUUCCACAGCAAGGGGAAAGGAAGAUGAGCUAUCUUCUAAGGACCUUAACAAAGAAGAGAGAAGUGGAUUCCCUCAUUAAGGACACGAUUGAUAAGGUCCUAAUUCUCCGAUUUGGGCGGUGUUCCGAUCCAGUUUGUCUCCUCCUCGAUGACAUUCUUGCUAAGUGCGCACGAGAAGUAUCGAAGUUUGCUUCAAUAGCACUGGUUGAUAUUGAUUCAGAAGAAUUACAGAUUUACGUCAAGUACUUUGACAUAACUCUUAUACCAUCCACUGUUUUCUUCUUCAAUGCUCAUCAUAUGAAGAUGGAUUCAGGGACUGAGGAUCAUACAAAGUGGAUUGGUGCUUUUCACCAAAAGCAGGAUUUUAUUGAUGUUGUGGAGGCAAUAUUUAGGGGAGCAAUGAAAGGCAAGCUCAUUGUGAAUUGUCCGUUGCCUCCUGAGAGAAUUCCAAAAUACCAGUUAUUAUACAAGGAUGUCUAGGAAAUGAAUGGGCAUCUAAAGGCCUUACCUAAUUUACCUUCCUAGUUUAUAUCCAACUAUUUUUCAAUGGUAUGAGUCGAUCUUGCGAAGUCCAAUUUUGGUGAAUAUCAAUCGAGUUGCCAUAUAUAACUGAAGAAUGACUUAAAUGAAUUGAGAUUCAGUGACGAAUGUUGCCAAAAUGCUCUCGUAUCUCCAUCGUUUCUGUGCAUUGAAGUAUUUCAACAUUUCUGGUAUACAUUUGGAAGUUGGUGAACAGAAGAAAAGUUUGUGUGGCCAUUUUUCGUCAGCUACCAAUAGAAAAUGGAAGAAAAUGGGGUUAAGUUGAGAAAGUUUAGGUUAUGUACUUGUUCCAAGUGGCGAGAUUAUAGUUCUUCAUUAUCUCGUAAUUUCUGCAACUAAUUUCUCUGCUGUUAGCUUGCUAGUUUGCAGUGAGAGAUUAAUCAUGUGUAAAAUCACCUCCUUAUAUUUUGUAAAGCACAUUAAUGAAAAUAGCGAAUGUUUUCUUCACUGAAUUACUUGGAAGCAAUAGAAUGAAUGAUUCAGAAGC